AUGGCAGAGCUGUAUCCCUCGCUUGCCCAGUGCGCCGUCGUGGCCACGGCGCUCAAGGUGCUACUGUUUCCUGCAUACAAGUCGACCGACUUUGAGGUCCACCGCAAUUGGCUAGCUCUAACCCAUUCCCUGCCCAUCAAAGAGUGGUACUAUGAAAAAACUUCGGAAUGGACCCUGGAUUAUCCGCCCUUCUUCGCCUACUUUGAGUGGCUUUUGUCUCAAGCCGCCGCAUAUGCUGACGCUGGCUUGCUUAACGUCAAAGACUUGGGCUAUGACAGCUGGCAGACCAUCUACUUCCAGCGCACUACCGUCAUCCUCACUGAACUGGUUCUGGUCUACGCUUUGCAUCUCUACGUGAAGACGUCCAAGUCCAAAGUCACAGCCCAUGCUGCUGCUCUCUCAGUUCUCUUGUCUCCGGGACUGCUAAUCAUCGACCACAUCCACUUCCAGUAUAAUGGCUUUCUCUAUGGUAUCCUAGUAUUGUCAAUGGUCCUAGCACGCAACAACUCUACCCUUCUGCUGUCUGGCCUUCUCUUUGCUGCUCUCCUAUGCUUCAAGCACAUCUAUUUGUAUCUCGCGCCUGCCUAUUUUGUCCAUCUCCUACGUGUUUAUUGUCUGGGUAAUCGCUCGUCGUUUCCCUACUUCAACAUUCAGUUCUUCAACUGUAUCAAACUAGGAGUCGGCAUCAUUACGGUAUUCGCAGCAGCCUUUGGUCCAUUCGCACUAUGGGGUCAGCUGGGGCAAGUGAUCAGUCGCCUGUUCCCCUUCUCCCGCGGAUUGUGUCAUGCCUACUGGGCGCCAAACGUUUGGGCGAUGUAUUCCUUUACCGACCGGGUGCUGAUCUACUUGGCACCACGGCUCGGAUUACAUGUCGAUCAGGAGGCAGUGAAUAGUGUAACACGAGGUCUAGUUGGAGACACCUCCUUUGCUGUGCUUCCCGACAUAGUUCCAUUGACUUGCUUCCUCCUUACGCUCGGAGCGCAGAUACCUGUUCUUCUCCGACUCCUCUUCAAGCCCACCUGGGAAGCCUUUGUCGGCGCCGUCACGCUCUGUGGCUAUGCGUCGUUUCUCUUCGGCUGGCACGUCCACGAAAAGGCGAUUCUGCUUGUCAUUAUUCCCUUCAGCCUGAUAGCGCUUCAAGAUCGCAGGUAUUAUGGAGCUUUCCGGCCCUUGGCUGUUGCUGGUCACGUGUCGUUAUUCCCGCUACUGUUUACUGCAACCGAGUUUCCCAUCAAGACAGUCUAUACAAUUUUCUGGCUUGUCUUGUUUCUAAUUGCCUUUGACAGGCUAGCUCCAGCAUCACCCAAACCUCGCAUCUUUCUGCUCGAUCGUUUCUCGUUGCUCUACAUAACGCUUUCGAUACCUUUGAUUGCGUAUUGUUCACUUGUUCACGGCCUUGUGUUCGGGUCCCGCUAUGAGUUCCUGCCGCUCAUGUUUACGAGCUCUUACUCUGCCAUCGGUGUAGUGGGUAGUUGGGUUGGCUUCUUGGUUCUCUUCAAGCGCAAACCCGUCAAACUCGAACCCCGGCCCAAAAAUCUCGACGAUAAUGCCGAAGUGUGGCAUAUCGAGCAGACUGGAGAGGUUUUUGUCGACUAUGAGCGCUACCUCGAGCGGCUGGACUUCUACCAACAGGCAAGAGAACCACACUUCACAUGUCAGGCGACUGGGCACUCCGGUUACACUUAUUUCGAGGCCCAAGAGAGCGAGGUAGGCUCCACGUCAAUACUCGUCAAGGCCGACGAGGAGGUAACAUCCGUGCAGACGGAAGCUUCCAAAGAGAUCAAUAGCAUCUUCCCUGAUAGCUUGAAGUCUCCUGUUCUUCACUAUGUCCAGUUUCAGGAUCACGAGCGCAUAGACGACCUAGUAAAUGACGUUUACGAUCAUUUCAAGGAGCAAUUUAUGCUGCAUGACCGUGUAUCUAUCGAGGGAGACAAUCCACGCCGAUUCGGUACAAUUACUCAGAUCACAGACAACAGUCGAAUGCACAGUAUGUUCACUGGCCAAUCGAUGGACGACAACAUCCGAACGUACACUUACGUAAUCACCAUGGAAGACACUGGGGAAAACGUAACAAAGUACAAAGCUUCAGACCUCCACCGAGAUAAGAAAACUUUCUCAAAGCUCCUUCUAAAGGCCUUUCUUCGUAAUGCCCUCAAACGUGAGGACUGGCUCAAAGCCCCAUGGAUGGUCAAGGACAGUUUAGCCAAACGCUAUGAUAUUCCAACCAAGAUCCCCGAUAACAAGACACGGGAGGCUAUAAUCGCUGCUAGAAAGGCUGCCCACGGUAUACCUAACGGCGCGACCCAGGCGGUUCAACAGCCGUACCCACCGCACGUAGCAAACGGUCACAGCCCCCACGUGAAUGGCCAAAGGCCACCUCUUCCUCCCGGACCAGGUCAGCCCACAUUCGUCAACUUCUCUGCAAAUGCACCUCCCUACCCCCAACAAAAUCUGCCUCAUCCUUUCGUGGCUCUGAAUGGCCCUCCACCACCACAGUACUUGUUCAAUGCGCCGCCCAUGUACAACAACGGGCCACAGCCUAUCCAGACCUUUGGACAGCCACAUCAGGUAUUAUCCAAUCUCCCGGCGCAUCUAACUCCCCAUCUGAUGCAGAUGCCUCCACAGGGAAAUGGUCAUCCUGUCAACUUUCCAUUCCAAACCACAUUUCCUCAUCAACAGGCGCCCAGACCCUCGAGCGUUGCACAACCGCAACAAGCACCUCCACCAGCUCGCCCUGUCGAAUAUAUCAAGUACCCGUGCGAAGAUCUCGAAAUUAAACAUCCCCGUCUUCAAGUAAAUAGGCCACCCUUGAAGUUCUUCUCUGAUGAUGUACCCGAUGGAGUCGAGCCUCCUCCCGAAGAAAAGAAGACGGGCAUUCUAAUGAAGAGCAUUGGGCCGCUGCUAUGCAUUUGGGAAACGCUCAACGUCCAUGACACGGUAUACAUGCUCGACUCUUUCACGUUCGACGACUUCGUCGAUGCCAUGCGCUUUUCGCACGAAACGGUUGAUUGUGAACUGUUUGUUGAGAUGCACUGUGCUAUACUGAAGCAAAUCAUCAAUGAGUCAGGGAAAAUUCAGAGUUCCUUGCCAAACCUGGAUGACGACUCGUCGGAUGAGGAGUCCAGCAGCGAGUCAACCCCGACUCCUGAGCCUGAGCCUGAGCCUGAGCCACCAGUUAGGACUACCCGCAGCAGCUUGAGGAAGUCGGGUGCUGCACAGCUACUUGCAAAACAACGCACGCCCACACCCGAACCACCGAAGGAGAUUCAUAAGGCUGCAGAAUUCGUUGCAGAGUUUGACUGGAUCGAGCAGUGCAAGGUGCGCAACUUCACUGAGGGCGGGUGGCAGUCCAUUAUCGUAGCCUUACUCCAUCGUCUUUCCUUUGACCCUGCCAGGAAAGAGGCCUGUGAUGAGAUUCUUGCGCAAUUGGUCCCGCCAGAGGAGGAGGAAUCCACCACCCUCACCAUUGCCGAGAAUUAUAACAACCUGGACGUCAAUCUCCGCAUCUCGGCACUUGAGAUGAUUCUUAGCUUGACUGUUGGCACUGAGAACUUCCGAGAUCAACUCACUGCCGCCGCUCAGGAGAUGACUCGUCUGCGGAAGGAGAAGAUUGAGUAUCAGCGCAAGAGGAAGGAGUUGGCCGAUGAGUUGUGCAAGUUGGACUUGGAGCGAAAGAUCCAUCUGCCCGAUAACACUCCCGCAUCACCCACUGAGGCCAAGGCGAGCGAAGAAGCAGACGUAUCCAUGGUCAGUGCUAACGAAGACACCAAAGAUGUAGUUGCUGCCGAGGCCAACGAUGAAGAUGAUACUACUGCUUCCAAAACAAGAACUCGUCCAUCAAACAAGAACAAACGCAAGGCUGCCGCCGAAGAUGCCCGGAAAGAGAAGGUCAAGAAGGCAAAGGCCGAGGCCGAGAGGAACAAGAAGCAAAAGGAAUGGGAAAAGCUUCUGGCGGCUAUCGAGAGAAAGAAGGAUGAGCUCAAGGACUGCGAGGCCAACAUCAACGAACUUGACGAUGAUCUCCGUGAGACUUUGGUGCACCGCAGCAAGGUUCUUGGCAAGGACCGAUUCCUCAACAAGUACUACUGGUUUGAACACAACGGCAUGCCUUUUGGUGGUGUUCCAAAUAGCUCUACUUCUGAGUAUGGCUACGCCAAUGGGCGAAUCUGGGUACAGGGUCCUAGCGAGUAUGAAUUGGGUCCGAAUCUGGAGGAGCCUGCCCUCACCCAAGACAUGGAGCGUUUCGGCUACACUGUCCCUCAGCGCAAAGAGCGCGAGGAAGGUUCUACGCAUCUCUCCACGGCUACUGAGUGGGGAUACUACGAUGACCCCGAAGACAUUGACAAGCUGUUGGCCUGGUUGGAUGAGCGCGGAUUACGGGAACGUGCGCUGCGUAAAGAGCUGCAGGCUUUCCGUGAUCGCAUUGCAGAGUACAUGCUGAAGAUGCAGCAACAUCUACAAGAGUCCAACAAGUCCGAGGAGGAAGAAGAUGAGGACGACAACAAGCCCCGGGUGUCGACGCGAAACAAGACCCAGGCUGACGAAGCUCCCAAGGAUCGUUGUCUCCACUGGACCAACAGCAUCAUGCGUGAUGAGUUUGGUUACAACCACUUCGAGGAGUACGAGCCACCUAAGAAGGGCAAAGCGAAGACUGCAAAAGCGAACAAGGCUAAGGGCCGUGGACGCUAA